AUGGCGCGAGCGCUGUCACGGCGACGAGGGUCGGCGUGUGAGUCUGUGGAGUGUGACUAUACGCGCAAUGCUGAUGAGAAUACCCCAACGUCUGUGGCUGCUGACGUGGCGGGUGGUUCUGAGCGUGGUGAGCCUGGCGAGUGUGACUAUAUGAGUGUUUCUGACCUGGGGUUGUUUAAACGAGGGGAGUCUGGGGAGUGUGAUUAUGUGAGUAUCUCGGAUUUGGGCGGUUCUGAGCGUGGGGAUUCUAUUGCAGAGUGUGACUAUAUCGAGUUGGACAAUUUGAAUCGCGAGAGGUCAACGUGUGACUCUAUUGAAAGGGAACAAAAGGGGGUGGAGGAGAGUGUACGAGGAACAGGAGGGGAGAGAGAGGAGGAGAAUAGAAGGAGUGAGGGAGAGGUGAAAGAAGGAUUAGUAGGAUUGGAAAGGGAGGAGGAUGGGGAGAGUGAGGGAGGGCAGAAGGAAGUAGAAAGAAUGGCAAAGGAGAAGGAUGGGGAAAGUGGAGGAGAGGUGAAGGAGGGAGCAAUGGAGGUGAGUUCUGGUGGGGAAAUAAACGUGAGAGGAAUGGAGGAGGAGGAUGGAGGGACGGAGAUCAGAGAGGAUAAAGAAGAGGAGGUGGGGGUGGGGGUGGGGGUGGGGAUGGGGCUGGGGCUGGGGAUAGGGAUGCGGGUAGUGGUAGGAAUGGAGGAGGGAAUAACAGGAGGGGCAGAAGCGGAGGAGGAGGAGGUGGGGGUAAUGGGAGGGGUGAAGGAGGGAGCAGUGGUGGGAGAGGAGUCAGAGGAAGCAAGGGAAGGUGAUGUGGGUACGUGUGGGGGAAUGUUUGGAAGAGGAAAGGAGGAGGAUGGGGGUGAGGAGAAGAAAGAGGUGGCAGAGGGUGAGGAAAGUGAAGAGGAGGAGAGUGAAGAGGAGGAGAGUGAAGAGGAGAGGAGUGAGAAGGAGGGGCGUGAGGAGGAAGGGGAGAGUGAAGAGGAGGAGUGUGGGGAGGAAGGAGAGAGUGAGGAGGAAGGGGAGAGUGAGGAAGAACGGGAGGUGGAGGAGAGUGAAGAGGAAGAGGAGAAAGAAGUCGUCUCAGAGAUUUUCAAGGAGAGAGUUGCGGAAAAUGUCUCCUCCCCUCUCUCCUCUUUCCCUCCUUCCCUCUCCAACCCGCUCGCCUCUUCCUCCUCACACACUCCCCCCUCUUCCUUCUCCUCCCCUCUCUCCUCUUCCUCCCCGUCCUUCUCCUCCCCUCUCUCCUCUUCCUCCCCGUCCUUCUCCUCCCCUCUCUCCUCUUCCUCCCCGUCCUUCUCCUCCCCUCUCCUCUCUCCCUCCUCUCCCCUCUCCUGCACGUUCUCCCCUCCCCUCUGCCGCCCUCCCUGCUAUGAAAACACCACAAGCACCUUCUGA